AUGGAUCGACUGCCGCUCCGACCGGUCCUUACUACCAUGAACAACCAAGAGCGACCCCCAGCAAUCCAAGAACUAGCCAUCCGCCAGUUCGCGGUCCACCUGGUCCUAAGAUUUUGCAAGGCCUGGUUCAUGGCAAGGGUUCGCUUCGACCAAAAAGCAUCCGAAAACGCUCACUGCCUUGAUGCUGCAAGGGCCUUCUUAGCUUUCGCCUCGUUCGCGUUCUUCGUGUUCGUGCACGCUGUCUACCUCGGCAUCUACGUGCUGGAGUACGACGGAGUCAUCGAUCGCGAACACUGCGACAACUUGCUCAGGCGUGUAGAAGAACGGUGCCUCGUCUGCAACUUCUUCUUGUCCAGGCAGGGUCCGAUGUGGGCAUCAUGGUCGAGGAGGGUCUGGGCAAUUCUGCUGGGUGAAACGACAGAAUCUGAUGAUGAUCAGGGAGGACUAAUCUAUCCGGAGGAGUGCCACUAGAGAUCGGAGAACAGAAAAUUGCGACUUGUCGGCCGCACCGAUUCUUUGUCGCCGGGCUUCUCCGUGUUGAACGUGUCGUGUUUAGUUUUAGUGUUUCUUUCACGGUGCUGCCUUGCGGGACUGGUCGUUUUGAUGGUUGUGGUCGAUCUUUUUGUCUCCGUGUUCAAGAUGGGCGAGCAUUCAAGGGAUGAAAGCUCAUGAACGAUGAGAUUAUCAACGGGAACGGUUGAAAACGGUGUCCAGGUCAUGUAGGUGUGAGGAAGGGAAGUCUGAUGAUGCACGUAAGUACGUAAAUGGGCCGGAACGUGUGAUUUGGCGUUCAAGUAGUGCUACCGGGUAUGACGAGAGUUC